UUUUGUAAAAUAGUUGAUUACAGCCGAUACCUUAGCUCCGUAUUUCUCCCCAGCUGAGAUGCUGAAAUGGAGAUUAUAGGCUGGCUGAAAGGUUCUGGUUCACGAGAGGGCUACCAUGGAAGAGCAGAACUAACCGACCCUGAUUAUGAAGCCCCGAGUUUAGUAGACGACGAAGCGUCCGACCCUGAAUCUAACCUGUCAUGGGAUCCAAGAGGCAUACAACUUGACUCUUCACGUCAUACUUCACCAUCUAGUGUUCGCACCGUCAACAGCGGCCAGAUCGAACCGAGAGAUGGAUCGCCUGCCGUAUUGCACAUAAAUGGUACAACAAAAGCCUUCUCAAGCAUUCUACCGAGUAUGAUACCUGAACAGAUGAAACCUAGGGAGCAAGGUGACUCGGCUUUGAAUAAUUCUAAAAUGUACAAGGCGUUUGACGAGUUUGGUUUUGUCAAGGAGGAAGAUGAAACUAUGGUUGUUAUGCCAGCGGGCGUUUUACAGAAAGAAGAGGAUCAGAAAUUGAAGUGGCUUGCUUACUUCGAAUUUACGCAGAAUGUGGACAUGGGCGAGUUGACAUGGGAUAAAGUUGGAAGCGUUCUUCCUCGUUCUGAUCGUUUGUUAUCUCUUGUAAAAGCAGGAAUACCACACAGCCUGAGACCUCAUGUUUGGAAACGUCUAACAGGUAGUUUGAAAAAGAAGGAUGAGAGUCAAACUUCAUAUAAGCAAAUUUUGCGUAAAGCUUUAAUUGAUAAUUCCAGUGUUUCUGCAAAGCAAAUUGAGAAGGAUUUGCUUCGAACAAUGCCCAACAAUGCUUGUUUCAGUAGUACAUCAAGUGUUGGAGUGAAACGUCUGCAGCAUGUACUGCGAGCUUUGGCUGAUUUCUUCCCUGAAAUGGGGUAUUGUCAAGGCACUGGAAUGUUGGCAGGAAUGUUAUUGCUGCUAAUGGAAGAAGAAGAUGUUUUCUGGAUGAUGGUUGCUAUUAUUGAAGAGGUGUUACCAGAAUCAUAUUACAACAAGACACUGAUGGGUGUUCAGGUUGACCAGAAAGUUCUGAAGCAACUUGUUUCCACUAUUGUUCCUAAUAUAUACCAACUAUUUAAAGAACAUGACACAGACAUAACAUUGGUAACACUACACUGGUUCAUUACUGCUUAUGCUGCUGUUGUACCCACACAGGUGCUGUUACGUAUUUGGGAUAUAUUUUUUUGCGAAGGGUCAAUUUCUUUAUUUCGAAUUGCUGUUGGUAUUCUCAAACAGCAAGAAGAUGAACUUGUUCAUCUUGAGAACUCUGCUGCCAUUUUCAAUUGUGUCUCUGAUGCACCAAGUAAAGUAACUGUGCUGAAUAUUGACGACUUGAUCGAGAGUGCAUUUCACUUGACAUUAAGUAUGAAUGAUGACGUGUUAAGAGUGCAGCGACAAGUGCAUCUUGGUGAGCUGCAAAAAGAGUUGGGAGAGCAAAUGGUGUCACCGGGAAAGCGUAAACAGUCUUUGUCUACAUCUAUGGAAAUGCAGACAGUUCGUCGAAGAUUCUAUUCUGUUGAGAGACAGCAGUCGGGAUUUCUGUCUUCUUUGUUUGGUCUGCUCAUUGGUGACAGAAAACCACCAAGACCGAAGAACAUCAAACAAACAGAGUUGGUAACCGACUUGCACGAGGCCAUCAUGCAGAUAGCGCAACAUUUUCAUAAGGACAGUGUUGAGGUAAUGAGUCCAGACUACUCUCUCCAGUCUCACAUUCAUGAUCAUGAGAUCUACAUUCAUUCAGCUCUAGCCAGCAAGAAGGUGAAGAGAGGUCGUGCUGUGGUGGAUUUUGAGGCUCAUGAUGUUGAUGAAUUAGGCUUUAGAAAAAAUGACAUUAUUAAAAUGACCGCAUUUUUAUGUCAUCGUUGCUGUGUGGUUCCAGUGGUGAGUUGUGGAGGUUGGUUUCCAGCAAGAUUUGGUUUCUUGGAUGAGAGAAGCAAACAAUACUCUUUUGCAGUGAUUAUUCUAUCUGAUGUUUCUGAUCUUGUGAGAGGACGUUUGUGUCGAGCUCUAAGGGCAUUAUGUGAACAUGGACUCAAGAAGCCUUACAUGUUUGGUGGUGCUGUUCAUCCAUGGCAUUUUAUUGAAGAGGUUAGUGAAAAGGAAGUAUCCAGUGAUUUUCGGUCUGUCUAUGCAAGACUUGUCCUUUGCAAGACAUACAACCUAGAAGCAGAUGGUAAAGUGUUGACGGCAGAUGAAAUGCUUUACAGAACUGUACAGAUGAUCAAUAUGAGUCAUGAUGCUGUUGGUGCACAGUUGGAUGUAAAAUUUCGUUCAUGGGUUUGUGCUGGUUUGAAUGAGCAAGUUCUUCACUUAUGGCUAGAAACCCUUUGUUCAUCUGAAGAAACUGUGAGGAAAUGGUACAACAUAUCAUCAUACAUAAGAAGUCCUGGUUGGGUGCAGCUGAAAUGCGAGCUACGAAUAUUAGCAUCAUUCUCAUUCAACUUGUCUAUUGACUGGGAAAUUGACGAAGAAAGACAGGUGAAACUUCCUAUCCAGGAGAGUGUGAGAGACAUGCUUGUAAAGCAUCAUCUGUUCAGUUGGGACUUAUAGAUGCUUUGUUAGAGUGGUUGUGUUUAUUAACUACUUUGUAGAUGUAUAUUGGCCAGCUAUGCUGAUGUAAAUUGAACUGACACUGCAUAGAAACGUAAUUCUAUUUAAUUAACUAAUUGGUUAGGAAUAGAAUUUUACAAUAUAAUAGUUAAUUACUUAGCUGUUAAAGAAGACGUGACGACUUGUUUUAUAGGGUUAAUUAUAUAAUUUAUUAGAUUAA